UUGAUUUUCGAACUCGAUUUAGGACCAGCUACUGUUGGCAGACAGAGGUUGAGUCAAUAGGCGCUUCUAACUCUCUGCAGUUUAGCAUCAUCUUCUUCACUUUGGCAACUCUUUUUCAGCAUGACAUCACAUGUAAAUUAUAAUCGGAAGCUAGGCUUUAACGCCGGACCCUCCGACAACAUGUCGUCCGGCUCGGCCCGUCUUCUGCGGUGUUUCUUAUACCCGGGAUCCCUUCUUUCUGACCGAGAAAUGGAAGGGACGGGGUUUGCCGCGCUUGGCAGUGGGUUUCUUUUUUCGCCGGACUCUUCGGAACAUCAAAGAAGAUCGCGAUCGCGGGAGGUCCUGCGUUUGGGGAAAGCCUUUGAUGCGCGCUUGACAAGCGAGCGCCUGCAAUCGAAUGGAACCUUGCCGCAAUCGGUCGACUUUCGGACGACCACGGAUGAUGACGCCCGUUCAUCGCGACUCAGGUUUUCAUCUAACGUACCGGGUCACCACUGCAUGUGCCUUUGUGCUUGGAUAAGUCAGGGUCCGGGUGUACGCCGUACUGCAUAUGUACAAAUACUGUCUGUGUCCCCAAACGCAGGAGCGUCAACUAACAACAUCUUUCCACGUUUUGACAAACAACAGUUUGUGAAUUGCCAUCUAAUCAAGUCUCUGAAGCCGAGCUAUAUCCUGGAUAAGCCAUCCCAGUGCCGUCGUUCCGUCUCCCCAGGACGUCGUGGAACCGACUUCGCAACAUUUCCCUAUCUCGGGUAAUAGUGCAAGCUUGCUGACAUCUGAUAUAAAAACAGAUAGAUAGAUAAAAGAGCACAUCGCCUUUUUCCCAAGGCCCUUGAACCUCUCCACAUCUUUUGAGAAUCCACUUCUACAUUGGUCCAUCUCACCCUCACCAUGACGGUUGAUUACCCUACCAACAAGAUCUGGAGUACGCUCGUAACCAAGAGGGCGUACUUUGGCGGGGCUCUGGUCCUCAACCACACCUUGAAAAAGGUGGGGUCGAGGUACCAGCUCAAGAUCAU